ACGCUGCAGUUUAACGAAACAACAAUUGAAAAUAGCUUGACAUAAAAAUUUACAGUUACGUUUGGAUUUACAACCCAACUACGUUCGUUUCCGCAAAAGGGGAGGCUGAUAAAAACACAGACAACCCACACUAACGCACACACACCCACGCACGAGGUUGAGUAACUUCAGCGCACAGCAUGAGUCCGAUGAGUCCUUGAAGCGGCAUCUCAGCUUGCAAACAACCCCCAAGCAAAAACACGCACACACACACACACACACAAACAAAGAGAAGUCGUCGACGCUGUUUGUGUGCGCCUAAAAAACGUCAACAAAAAAUAAACAAACACACGCACACAGCUAGAGUUGCCAGACGUCGCGCUGUCUGCAUAACGUAAGCACUCACACAAGCACACACACACACACACACACACAUGCUUAAACAGAUAUGUAUACGCUAUGUAUAUGUAGCUGCCCUUUCAUCUCGUGUGCCGCACAAUAAAAACAGGCGUAAAGGAUAUUAUGAGGCAACAGACAUUUGCGAAUAAGCAGCAACAACAAUCCGUCCAUUUAGACUACGUUUCACAUUUCCUUUGAAAGAGAGACAGACAGAGUGAGAGAGAUAGAGGGACAAUGUUCGGCUCCAAGCUGCGCUCCUGGAUGGAAACGCACAUCGUGCGUCCCCGCAAGAAGAACAAUAAGACCAAGCAGGCAGAGGGCGUCGGCAGCGGCAGCGGCAGCGUCGGCAGCAGCAGCCAUGCCAAGAAGGCAGGCACUUUGCCAGCGAACAGCAACCUGAAGUCCACGACGAGUCCCGUGCUGACCAGCAGCGGCAGCCACAGCAUCGCCAGCCCGGUGCGUCGGCGUGAGGUGUCGCCCAUCCAAUGUCAUACGCCCAGUCGCUAUGGCUGGCAAUCGCCGGAUCAGGAUACGCACAACUCCAUUACAUCGCCCAAGUCGGAUAAUCUGUUGUACGCGCCGCAUCGCUAUCAAUGCCACCAGACGCUGCCGCCGCUCCAGCAACAGCAGCUGCAGCAGCAGCUGAGCGUGCCCGGCAAGGAUAGCUGCAGCUCCAGUGCGGACAAGUCACCGAUGCGCGUGAAUUGCUCGUCCUCGUCCAUUUCAUCGCUGUCCUGGUCCACUGGCUCUAAGGAGCCCUCCAUGCACUCCGGCCAGCCCAAGCAGGUCAGCUACAAACUGGAGCACAUUGAGACCAGCAGCGAGUGCCAGCCGGCCGUCGAGGAUGAGGUGGAUUACGAGGAGGUGGGCGCACUGCUGUUGCGCCCACAGCCACCGCUGCUGGACUAUCAGCGUCCACACUCCGAGAAUCUGGUCAGCUUGCAGCUGGUCUACGACGAGGAGCAGCAGCAGCAGCAGCAGCAACCCAAUCAGAGCGCGAAUCAUGUGCACUAUGGCCGACUGUUGCCUUCCAAGCUGGUUGAGUCCUUGACCCCAGCGCCGCCUGCGGUGACCAAUCAGCUGGGCCUGGCCAGCCGCAUGCGUGCACCACGUGGUUUGCCGCGUGGCAAUUUUCUGCCUGGUCCCCGACCGCACAGCCUGUCCUCGCCGGAGAGCGCCUAUUCGACGGGCUACUCCACCGACGGCAAUUCCCCGUGCGCCGCCAGCAGCGCCAAUCCGCCGGCGCCCGAGUACUACAUCAACAUGCGCAGCGGCACGCAUUACUUUCCCAGUCGAUCCGUUAACUCGUUGGCCAUUGAGGCGCAGCGCUACAAGUUUGGUCUGAACCGCAUCGAGGAGAUGUCCCCCAUGGAUCCGCUGCCCAAAAGCAGCUUUGGCAACACGCUGGACACGCCCCAGGCCACUCGCAAUUGCCAGGGCGCCAGCAAGCUCUUUGAAUCUCCUUCGCCCAGGCAACGCUCGCGCAUACGUACCAAUCCCUGGUACAAUACGGCGGAGCAUAUGCAGCUGAUGUCGUGCAGUCGCCUGGAUGCGGAUGCCACCAGCACCACCUCCACCACAAGCUCGGGCAUUCAGUCAAGCAAUGAGCUGGAAAUGCGCGCAGUCAAAGGAACAACCACAACAACAACAACAACAACAACGGCAAUAGGAAUUGUCAACCCCAAGCUGAACGCUGUGGCGGGGGCAGGGUCAGGUUCGGUAGCUGGGGCUGACUCCUCGGAGGGCUCGUCGUCCUCGACUGAAGUGGAAAAUCUGCAUGCACCGCACACCAUCAAGCGGCGCCACUUGGAACAGCAGCAGCAGUUGGACUCGUUUCUGGUUAGCGACGAUGAGGCGACACUCAACGAGAUGAUUGGCAAGUUUGACGAGAGCUACGUCUACGAGAAGGAGACCGACAUACUCAGCAGCGACUCGGAUCCCACGGACUGCGCCUCGGAGUUGGACACGGGCCAGGAUGCGGGCGAUGAGUGCGACACGGAUGAGCUCUUAGACAUUGACUUCAUCGACACAUCCUCCGUGCAGGAGGUGCAGCUGGACAUCCAACGGAAUCUGGGCAGCUGUCAUUACUAUCCCAGCGCCAUGCAGCCCAGUCCGCUGAUCCUGCGGCGCGCCUCGACGCGCUCGCGUCGUCGCAGCGGCCAGGAGCCAGGCGAAGGCAGUCAGCAGCGCCGUCGCAAACGCUUCCUGAAGACGCGCAAGAAGAGCUGCGAGAAUCGGGAGAAGGUCAACGCUUCGCCGCUGCGUGAACCGCGCGGCUCUCGCAGUGUGGGCGGCACGCCCGUCUGCCUGCGCCGGCAUCUAUUGGGCCCCAAGGAACGCAUCUACAAGACUUCUCCGUUGUCGAAUCGCUCGAAUUCGCUGAUCUUUGGCAGCGCCAAUGAGCCGCACUUUAUGACCAUAGCGGAGAGCGAGAAGGCGCUGCUCAAGGCCGAUCUGGAGGCGGACAUGAAGUACAAGCAGCUCAUCAUGGAGGCUGAAUCGCUGCUGGAGUCCAUGAAGAACAGCUUGCAAAGCAUACCGCGUGACACGCCCGUCGCAAGUCCGAGACGCCUCAAUCCGCUGGCCAACAAGCGCGUGGAAAUGCUCAAGCACAGCGAGGUGGAGUCCAAGAAGCAGCCGACGCCCGAACACGAGCUGGCCGCGGCCAUCAACAAGCGCAUUGAGCUGCUCAAAUUCGAGACGGCGGCGUCCGCCUCGCCGCCCAACAGCCCCAAGCCGGGACGCUGCAGUCCCCGCAAGACGCAUCUGACGAACUUCAUGAAUCAGAACGCGCCGCCAGAGCUGCCGCCGCGCAAGCUGAACGCCCAGGCGCCGCCCUCACCGCAGCUGCAGCUGAACGGACGCCGACUGCAGGGCAGUCCUCGGAGCAGUCGACGCGCCCUGGCGCUGCACAGCUGCAAUGGCAGCGACUCGGAGCAGGAGUGCAUCGCCGUGGUGCGUCAGAGCAACGAGGAUGUGGCCAAUCACAACUACUUGCCACAGCAGCAGCAGCAGGCUUAUAACCAUCUGGACUACAACAAUCGCAAUGUGGCCGAGACUCACAGCCAGGAUAACUUCUACUGUCCACACAGCGAGCCGCUGAAGCGUAAGGUCUACAAGGGCAGCAGCUCCUUUGAGCGCAUUAAGAAAACAUUCGACUUGGAGUUGGAUAUGAGCGAAAGGCCCAAGUCGCACGUCAAACGUCAGCAAUCGAAGCUAUCGGCUUCCGUUUCGGCGAAGAGCUCCAUGCAGGACGUAACUGUGGAGGGGGCCAGCAAGCAGCAGCUCAUCGUUAGCACCAUUGCGGAUCUGAAGCGCAGUCUGGAGCAUCAGAGCUAUGAGCUAAGUGGUCUAACUGAAGAAUAGUUUAUAGAUUAACCGAAAGACCUAAACCUUACAGUUGAGUCCUUGAGCUUAAGGCUAACAUAAUCAUAUUGGAGCUGCAAAACUAUCGACAUACUUAUAUAUUUGAUGAAUCGAUAUACUCAUCAAUAGUUAACUAUCUAUUGAUAUACCUUUGGUUAGUUUUGUGGCUCUAAUACAUAUAUUAUCAUCAACUAGCACUACGCAUAACAAGUCCAACAAAGAGAAAUACCCUCAGACUUAAACAGAAAUUAAGUGCAAUAAGUAUCGACAGGAGCAUAGAUAAGCGCUUACCUUAAGUUGUAAGCCCUGGAAAAUAUGGACUGGUAUAGCAGGUUACACAUAGACUUAAUGGGUAAACAUAAUUAAUCUCAUCAGAUAGCCCGUAGUGAGUAAAUUGUUUUCUUAGCACUCAUUUAAAUGUAGUAGUUAAUAAUUUACGUUCUCAUCAGCUGAAAGUUACUCUAGUUUUAAAACAAUUUUCGUUUCUUGCGAUCAUCUACAGUUUCUAUUUAAAUACCCCAAGCAAAAACAUGUGUUGAAAACACAAUUUAAUAAUCAGAUAACUUUAUACACUAGCCCAAAUUUAGCUGAUAAUACGCCUUAGUUAUAUUUUAUUCCUUCUCUUUGUUUAAAUGUGUGUGUUUAUGUAUUUGUUAACCUCAAACCAAAGCAUAUCUCACACGAAAUACACUUAUACUAUACACAUACUACGUUUAUUAAAUAGAAAUGCCAGCGCAGCCAACUUAACAAGCUCAUUCAAUAAUUUUGGAGUUGCCAGAUGGCUUCAAAUUCACUUGGCAUAAACGUAGUAUUAAAACUAUACUAAACUUCAGCUCAUUACUAGACUUGGUAGAUUUUCACAUAAACUACGCAUAUUUAGACUUAUCUACAUCAAUUAUAUAACAAUUAUAGAAUGUAGCUCAUUAAGUAAACUCAAUUAUUAUAUAUCCAUCCAAAAACUGAUCGUUUAGCCAAAUUGUUUGUAGAAUAUAAAUUGUUUAACUGUUCUAUUCAGUUCCCUUAGUUAUUACAAUUGAAUAUCGUUGAAAACCCAAAAUUGGAACAUCAUGAAUUUCAAUUUGAUUGAUGUUAAAUUAUUCUUAUUUCCCAUUUCGGGUCAAAUCGGUUGUAUUUGAACACUUAAUUAAUUGACUAAUUAUGUAAUUGCGUUGUGUGCUCCUUUUUUCAAUGCAUAUAGAAGCUAUAUAGAAUCUACCGUAUAGCAUACAUAAUGUAAGCGAAUAAUGUAACGUGAUAAUAAACUUAAUGAAAACCAAUUGACUUGCGCAAAA